AUGGCAAUAGUGUACUGUAAGCAUGUUAUAGUUAAUGCUGAUAAUCUGAAGCUUGUUCUUGGCAUCAGUACCAUGAUCAGAUUAAACUAUUUUAAUCUAAUUGAUGUGCCUGAUCAUUUUGCUCCAGCUGUCACUAUCUUCCAUUCUGCCAUCACCAUCUGUUAUCUGUGUGCUGCCUCUGUUUCUGCUCUGCCCACUACUAUCUCUCUGUCUCCCUCUGGUGCCAACAGAGUCUCUGUCUGUCACAUGGCAGGUAUUAGAGCCCCUGUCUGGUUCACAAAGCUAGUUCUGGAGAAGCAGAAGAAGAAGAAAAAGCAGAAGAAGAAGAAGAAAAAAAAGAAAGAGAAAGAAAAUGAUGAUAAUAAUAAUAAUAAUAAUAAUAAUAAUAAUAAUAAUAAUAAUAAUAAUAAUAAUAAUAAUAAUAAUGACAAGAAUAAUAAUAAUAAUAAGAAUGAUAAACUUGUUAUUUAG